AUGAGCCAGCCUAGAAUAGUUCCUUCACGUUACCUGAACGCCAGCACGUCGCUGUCCAACAAAUCACCCGCGGCCAACAAAUCCUCAGCGAACCCUCUCAAGCCCUCCUCUGCGACUCGCGUCGCGACCGUGGAGAGUCGCCCCACCCAGAAACGUCGUACAGCACCGAGCUCCAGCCGGACUGCCGUUAAAUCCAGUGAAACAGCGAAGGGAAAGCUUCCCGUCACCAACAGCGCGAGCAUAUCGAAUUCUGUUCCUCGAGAUGAGGCCACUACUCUGCCCUCUAAGCAAGAGAAAGCAUCAUCAAUCUUGGACGCAUUGCAGCUAGCAGCGCAGAUGCAGUCAUGGCUAUAUAUGACCACCACGCUCGAGCAACAACUUGAGACGUCAAAGCAGUCGGCGCAGCGUGCGCUCGAAACGCGCUCCAGUGAGCUAUCCGCCGAAGAAAUGGAUAUCGCUAAUGAGCGCAUCCGUUUCGAUGCCGAGCGGCUGCUGGAUUUCUACGAGGAACUGGCGGAUCCUGCGCUCUCGUCCACAGUUCCUACUCUCGUUCGAGCGUUUUUACAGUGUGAAGAUACAUACUCGCGUAUCACAUCGGAAGUACUCCAACUCGUCUCGCAGCCACUUCACGGACGCUUAGACGUCAGGCUAUUUAACGAAUUGCUGGAACGCAUCGCUACGUUGCAACACGAAUAUCGUGAUCUUGAAUCUUCUAUCCUGAAGGUGCCAAGUUCAUCGACGGUACGCGAUCAGGCUAGUGUCGUCCCUCUUCUGCAGUCACUGUUGACCCACAAUUUCUCCGGAAAAACAGACGGCUUGGCCGCGGUUGCGGUGCAGGGAGACGGUGUACAUGUCCUCGAUCUAUCGACGCUCCACCCUACCAUUUCUCACACACUCGGACCCUCCACAACCUUUUCCUGUCCUCCGGUAACGCGCACAAGAAGUGACAAUGGUGUCAAGGUGUUCACGACCUUGGUCGCGGUGCACUCUUCUCCGGACGUCCUCCCAGAAGACCGCGAGCGCACGGUGUGGAUGUGGGAGGAAACCCUCUCCGGUGGAGCCGUUUCUGCAAAGGCGCAGAAAAAAAAGAAGUCAGCCGUGCUUCCCCAUCCUGUGAGACAUAUCUACGCCUCGGACGACCUCCCCGACCAUGUGCUGCUCGUCGGCCCACGAGGUGAACUGACAGUCGCAGACACGCAGCUAGCUGUCCAUGGCUCUUCCACUCCGUCCGGUUCUAGUGAAGGCGCCGCCGUGCUACUCAAAGACAUAUUUUUCCUCCGAACGGCAUGUACUUUUGUGCCAAGUAGGACUGCAGCGUCCAGAGGAAUCGUCUCUGUCACCUUUCUACGAGAUCAAGACAGUAUACGUGUCUUGGUACGUGUAGUGGACCCUGAAGGCACUGUCCAUUCAGCGGGUGAUUGCCUAAUUCCACUUCGCGAGCCUGACGAAGAAGUAUGCGAUGUAUCAUGUAGUGCGAGCGGUUGUCUCAGCGUGCUCACACGCAUGGGUGCUUGGUAUUCUUUCCAACUCGAGUCGCCGAACAACAUUGCCCUGUCGCUCCGAAUUCUAACCAACCUUCUUACGCUGAAGUCCCUAACCUUCAUAUAUCCUCCAUCCACACCCGCCUCUCCUACAACGUUAGAAAUUUCACUUGCAGCACUGAACUCCUCUCACGUCCUCCUCGCCGGCAUAUCCGCCACCGGCGCUCCUGAGCUCGUCCUCCUGUUGUGGGACCUCCAAUACUCUGUUCUCAUCGCGUCCCAUACAUUCGCUCUUCCAUCCACGCUCGUCCGCACAAAGCGGCGUGGCAUUUCCAUCGACCUCGUCGCGUCCGAGUCGCAGGGCCCCGCGCAAGCGCUUCUCGUACUGUCGCCCGAGCGCAACGCACUGGGACAAGGAUUCUCGGGCAGGAGCGCGUGCUCGACCGUGCUCGUUGUGCCCUUCAGCGUCCCCGUUACCUCCACGAUUGCCAACGCGCUCGGGCGCGCCUCUGCGGGCGCUGCGUGGGUCAUCUCGAAGCGGGAACGGGGAAAGCUCUUGACGAAGUCGGUGGACCCUGCACAGGGCGGCGCGGUGGUGGCGAUGAACACUGCGUCGAACCAGCAACGCACGGAGGGCGUCGAGGAAGCAUUCUUUGCGUGGGUGCGGGAGGAGGAGGCUCGGCUCGCGCAGGUGCAGGCGCAGACUCGGGAAGAGGAGGGAAAGCCGCCGCUGGGGCAUUUGUUCGUGACGAGGGUGCUGGAGUUUGUGUUUCGGCAUCUGGAAGGGUACGUGCCACGGGUUUUGCGGUAUCUUUUGGAGCGGGGCGCGGUCAGUUCGGUCAUGGUCGCGGGCGGUCUCUUCCCGGCGUUGAAUGCACGACAAGACUGGCAAUCGGCAAUGCUCGCACUUCGGACCGUAACAGACAUUCCGGAGGACGAUAUGAUUGCCCUCCUGAGCAAAGUGGUCCAGUCGCAUGAACAAUCAGUCUCUGCGGGCGAGGACGCAAUGCAAAUUGACUCUGUCGUGCCUGCUAACACUGCGGGUCUGCCCGCGCUCCCCACUUACCUCGCGUUGUGCGUGACGUACUCAACCUCACCUGCUGCACUCCGUGUCGCACUGCGCCGGCACCUGUCAGAUGCAGCAGACCUCGUACCAGUUCUUGCUGUGCUUGACGGAUGGCUAGCGAGAUGGGGCAAGGAGGAGGUACACCUUCUACCGGACUGCAUCAAGAAGGACGCGCACGGCGUACUAGUCCCACUAUACUCUGCGCAUGAGCCGGCCAACCUGCCACCACAGGACAAGGUCCUCGCGUUCUUACAGACGCUGCUGGACGCGUCCUUCCUCGCCCUGCUCGCGCAUCCGCCCGCGCACCGACUACUGCGCACGCUCCUUGCGCGGCUGCAGCCCGAGCUCGCGCUCCUCGACGAGAUCGAGCAACUGCGCGUGCCGCUGCAGCCGUUCGCCGCGGCGCACGCGCGUGCAUUGUACGAGGGCGCGCACGGCCCGCCGAAGACGGACACGCGCGUCGACUGGCGCCGCAGGAAGAAGAUGGCGCAUGAGCAGGCAGAGCUGGCCUUGGGGCUGUAUCAGGUGGAGGAGUUGGUGAUCUAG